AUGUCCUGGAAUCGUUACGAUCUUGGUCAAGCUAAUAUCUUCUAUGAUGAAACACAUCCCCUGCUAUCGAGCUUUAUGCUACCACCGCAUGUGGAAGAGGUUAAAAGAUGUUUGACGGACUUUUCUUGCCUCAUCAAUGAGAAGAAGGAGUCUUUUUCCAAAAUAUCUAAAGAUAUGGCAGAGUAUUUAGAACAGGGCCCGAAUUCAGAUCGAACUUGUAAAGCAGCAGAGAUGAUUCAACACGAAGUGGUUAGCAAAGUCGGUGGAGGCUAUGAAGAAAACGUCUGGCGAGGAAUAUUCGAAAAGCACUUCUUCGAUCCGCUUACCGACUCUCUGUCCACAAGUAAGGAAGAUUCGAGACGAGUAUCACGAAACAACUACUACUAUGACCAGGUCAUACGGAGCAGUGACCAGAUUUGGACCUUAUUUGAACCCGAUAAAAAGGCAACAACCACGCGAUUAAGGCCUGUAAAGAGCCCGAAACCUGACCAAGUCUUUUUCUUGCCGAUUUACCACCAUCAUAAUAACACUGGACUCCCGAAAGUGGUAGAUCCAAAAGCCCGGCAAUGGAACCACGCUGGGGACUCCCGAGCUAUGGAGCCUUUCACCUGGUGGACACUUCAAAGAUUGAACAAAGUUGGCCUUGAGCCGUCUCCUUUCCGUAUCUUUGAUAAGUCUCCGUUGGGGGCAAACCUUCGGUGCUAUCCUUGGCUCAUCGUAGAGCAUAAGAGAGAAAAGGAUCAGAACGAAGCGCUCGAACGCGUUGUCAUCUGCCAGGCCGCCAACGCCGCGGCUUGUGCGAUUAGCCUGGUCCAGCAGACCGCUCAAUAUGCUGUGAGACUUCCGAGACAUGCACACAUCCCUCCAAUUCCUGCGAUUACUACUAUUGGGUCUUCUGUUACAGUGUGGCUUAUGUAUUUUGCGGAGGAUUUUGAUGCGCCAUGUAGUCGAAGGGAUACAGACGAGGUAUUAACAAGAAGACGCAACGAAGGCUACGUCAUGCGAGCGAUCUGGAAAGGCGACGUCAAAAACCAUACAGACAUUAUGGCGUUUCAGAUGAUCAUUGAUAAUGCACACACGUGGGCAACCCGAGUCUUCAAGCCUACAGUCGCCUCGUAUAUCCAGCAGUGGAAACAUAUACACAGCGAACAAAAACCUGGCACGAUGACAGACCUACUGCAAACGUCUGAGUCACACGCACUUCGUGAGAGGAAUAUUGAACAGCGAAGGCUGGUCGCGCCCCUCAUUCGAGAUCUACUAGACGCCCCUGUUGGAAUGGAAUUGGACGACAUGGCACAUAAAAAGGUCACACCGCUAUUCCUUGGUAUGCUUAUGCAUCAAAUUUGCUCUAUGGAGAGGGCGUCGAUUUCUAGUCAAAUCGAGAAGGCAGUAACGGAAAGGUUGCAGGUCAUUGUUGCCAAUGGUCCCACGCUCACGGCCAAAGUUGAAGCCGUUCACCGAGUUGAGGCAACAGCAAAAUUGCCGAUCCGAGGUCAUCAUGAUGAGACAGCACAAACUGCCAGCUCAACCCAAGAAUCCGAAAUGGAAGAGGUGGAUGAUGACGAUCCACAUGAUUCUGACUACAACCCUACGAACUCUGAAUCACGAUCGAGAUCACCCUCAGACGCCCAUUUACAUGAUGGCGAUACUCGGUCCGAGGUUGCUGUUUCCGUGGCUUCUACCUCAGCCUUUUCAUUAAGAUCCUUUUCCGAGGAGACGACGGUCUUGUGGAAACAUCCGAGCGAUCCUGAAACACCAAAGGCUGGAACAAGUAGCAAGAAGGAAUCUGAAAGGGCUGACAUUCUUGAUCGACAGUCUUUGCAGCUAUCUGAGGGCUCUGACGACGAGACCCCGAAGCCAAGCACGGCCGGUCAUAAGCUUGAUUUCAGGUUUUCAUCUCCAAUUUCAGGUUCUGCUUUUGAGCGGCUAGGAGGAAAUUCUCUAGAUGGAUCACCGGUAUUCGCAGGUCGAUCACCACCCAGUCAAACGAAGUGGCCACGGGGACGAAUAUUUGACCCGCCAAAGACUCAAAGGUCUCCCAUGCAUCGGAGUGGCAUAAGCCCAUCCCCUCCUGCAAACGCAAAGGCGAAAGAGUGCAUUGACUUGACAAGUGACAGCCAAGCAGACCCCUCGAAUACCGACGAGUGA